GGUCGGAUGGAUUCCACGUUGCUUGAUAAUCUUAAGAAGGCAGGGGUAAAGGACAGUGUAAUUUCUAUUCUUGAAGAUGAAGAGUUUGAUUCAGCUGGUGUUUUAAACAAUACAUCUGAUGAGCUGUUGAAGGCAUGUGGCAUAAAAGGAGGGCAAGUUAUACGAAUCAAAAAUGCAUUGGCAACGAUUAACAACUUGGACAAGUUUCUGCCAGUAAGAAAUGUUCCAUCCACCAUUGAACCAUCCACCCAGAAGAUCGCUUUAUCCACUAGUCAUUCCUUUGCCAUAAAUGACAAUGUCAGCAAUUUUUCAUCGUCAAUUGAUGAAGCUCAUUUGUCAACAGGCACACCGUCACCUACAACAUCCACUUUGCACUUGUGA